AUGGUGGAAAGAACUCUAGUGAGAAGCUAUACAAGAAGCUUUAAUGGUUUUGCGGCCAAUCUUACCUUAAAAGAAGUUUCAAAGCUUAAAAGUGUGGAUGAAGUUAUAUCCGUUUUUAAAAGCUAUAAAUUUCAUACUCAAACCACGAGAUCUUGGGAUUAUAUGGGGUUAUCUCUAGAUAUUCCCCGAAAUCCAACUGUUGAAAGUGAUGUUAUAAUUGGGCACUUUGAUAAAGGUAUACUACCUGAGUCACAUAGUUUUUCUGAUUAUGGUUUAAGCCCUAUUCCGAAGAAAUGGAAAGGUGUUUGUCUUGGUGGCAAAAACUUUACUUGUAACAGGAAGUUGAUUGGAGCAAGAUUUUAUAGCAAUUCUAAAGAUGCAAUGGAUAGGGAAGGCCAUGGGACUCAUACCGCUUCAAUAGCUGCUGGGAGAAUAUUGAAAAAUGUCAGUUUCUUUGGUAUAGCAAACGGAACUGCAAGAGGGGGUGUCCCGUCAGCUAGAAUAGCUACAUAUAAAGUUUGUGAUUUUUUUUGCGAUGGUUAUGAUAUAUUAUCUGGCUUCGAUGAUGCUAUAGCCGACAACGUUGAUAUUAUUACCAUCUCAAUUAAUAUCGAAGUUCUUACAAAAAUUAGUGAUGAUGUAAUUGCUAUUGGCUCAUUUCAUGCAAUAGAGAAGAAUAUUUUAACUGUAAAUGCAGCAGGGAAUUUUGGAAAUGUUGGCUUAGGAUUGACAACUAGCAUUGCACCAUGGGUGUUCACCGUGGCAGCCAGUAAAGAGAGAAAUAUCUUUAACAAACUUGUCCUUGGAAAUGGACAUACACUUCUUAGUAGAGCAGUGAAUGCUUUCCACAUGAGUAGUCAUAACACAGGGUUGGUGGAUGGAAGAAGAGCCACUCGUCAAUGUAACAAAACAAUCGCAAUACAAUGCACAGCUGAGUGUCUCGAUCCAAGUUUGGUCAAGGGAAAGAUCAUAUUAUGUGAUGCUGAUUACCUUAACACAGAUGUUUUAUCAAAUGUGGCCGAUGCCGGUGCAACCGGUGUUAUUUUUCGAGCAAGAGGAGAAUCCAAUGAACUAUCUGUUAUUGUACCAUUACCCACUGCAAUUCUUAAUGACCAUGAUUUUCAAUAUAUUCAAUCUUAUCUCAAAUCCAAAAUGUUACACUCAGCACAAAUAGUAAAAACUGAUAUUGUUGAAUAUCAUGCUCCAACCGUACCUUCUUUCUCAAGCAAAGGACCAAAUACAAUUUUACCGGAAAUAUUUAAGCCCGAUAUAACAGCUCCGGGAGUAGAUAUCUUAGCGGCAUAUCCUCCAUAUGUUUAUGUUGUAAAACCCGUGAGAAAUUUUGGUAGACUUGUAACUAAGUACUCCUUUGAUUCUGGAACUUCCAUGUCAUGUCCCCAUGUUGUUGGUGCGGCUGCUUAUGUGAAAUCAAAACAUUUUGAUUGGUCGGCUUCUGCCAUUAAAUCAUCCCUCAUGACUACAGCUCGAACAAUGAAUGGAAAUCAUAAUUUAGAUGUUGAACAUGGCUACGGGGCAGGACAUAUUGAUCCGAUAAAGGCUGCAUAUCCUGGACUCGUGUAUGAGACAUUUAUGGAUGACUAUUUUGAAAUGUUUUGUAGUUUUUCUGAAGGUGAUAAUUGGAGGAAGAUUUUGAAAAGUAAAAAGAAGUGUCCAAAAACGAUUCGAAAGCUACCCAAAGAUCUCAAUUAUCCAGCAAUGACUUCUCCAGUAAACUUACAAGCACAAGGAGUGUUGAAAGUCGUGAUGCUUGACGAACAUAAUGAUAUAAUGGCUCUCGCAUCCUUUUAUCAAGCACUUCAUGAUGACGUCCUUCUCAUGGUGGCCGAGAAGGAUUCUGCCAAGUUAGCGUGGAAGACGCUAAAGAGAAUGCAUGUUGGAGUGGAGAGAGUCAAGGAGGCAAAAGUGAAAACCUUGUAG